AAAGGCGCGCCGCUACUGGCUGGAGGAGGCGCGUCACGGUCCACCUCCAAUGAAAGUCGCGACGCUAUUGGCUGGAGGAGGCGCUUCACGGUCUGGCUAAGUAAACAGCGGCAGCGGAGCUACUGAGCUAACACACUUUUUAUUCUUAUCAAAGAUCGGGUGACCCCUCACCACCACAGCCUAGUGGACAUGUCGUCGACCUCUCAGAAACACAAGGACUUCGUGGCUGAGCCAAUGGGCGAGAAGAAGGUGACGGCUCUGGCCGGCAUCGGAGACGCGCUGGGCAAGAGGCUGGAGGAUAAGGGCUUUGAUAAGGCGUACGUGGUGCUGGGUCAGUUCCUGGUGCUGAAGAAGGACGAGGAGCUCUUCAGGGACUGGCUGAAAGACACAUGCUCGGCCAAUUCCAAACAGCAAGGUGACUGCUACGGCUGCCUGAGGGAAUGGUGCGACUCCUUCCUAUAGGCCGCUCUCCUCUUUCAUCACUCGUCCUUCUCUACCCUUUUUGUUUCUUUUCAUUGGCCUGAAACGUAAGCUUGCUGACUGUUCAGGGACGCAACAACGACAACGACAUACACCAGAUGGUUGUUUGAGACUUUGGCAGUGACCUCCAGGUGGAUGGUAAUGGGGAAGUAAUCAACACAACCGUAUUGUGGGAGAACAGCGUUUGGUACCGGAGAUGAAAUAGAAACAAGUAGUUUGAACUGUAGCUGACCGACGACACGCUGACCUCAUGAAAACUAAGCUUGUGUGUUCUUGUGUAUAUUAGCAUGUAGGAUCAGCCAGGAUUGUUGAAGUGAUUCUUAUUUUGUGUGGUGUGCAGUCCGCUGGUAUCCUUUUAAAAAAACCUCCAGAUUUACUAAGACUUGUUCGGGCUUCAUAAAAAAAGGACUGAAAAUGUUAGCUUUUACAUUUUAAUUCACUGCUCCAACGGUUUGUUAGCCCUCUUUCUGGUGCUGCUCCGUUGCCAACUGGUUUUGAUUAAACAGAUUUUUGCCUCACCAUA